UGGUCUGAGAAUUCUGAGAUUUGUUUUUGGCUGCAGUGUUUAAAUUUUUUUAGGUAAAAAUAAAUCGAGACCUCGCUUGUUAAUUAUUCGUAUGUGGCAUGUGAAAAAGAGACAUUAAUAUAUCUUUUUAAUUUGUGAUAACAUUGCCAGUGAAUUGUGAUAAAAUGACUUUUAUAGCUGAAUGACAGCCCAUCGAAAAGCUUAUUUCGAGUGGGGGCGAUAAUGCGCGCGCGCAGAUAAUCGAGACACAGUUGUAUAUUAUUGCGUAACAUAAUGGCGUCGGUCUGGAAACGGCUGCAGCGCGUGAACAAACGCGCUGCCAAGUUCCAGUACACCGCCUCAUACCACCGCAUUGACGUUGAGCUCACGCCCAAGUGGAAACCCAAUAAAUUAAGCAUUGUGUGGACUCGACGUUCUAGACGUGUCUUGACUGAGCCUUUGGAAUGGGAGCCUUCCCUCAAGGACCCCUUGAAAGGGUCGGUGAUAUUCGCGGUGCCAGAGAACCAGACGGUCGCCGUGACGCUGUUCCGGGACGCGCGGACAAAUGAAUUGGAAGAUAAGGACUGGACCUUCGUUCUGGAGGAUGUGUCGCCGGCGGGCAAGCGGCGGCGCCUGGCGGCGUGCGCGCUCAACCUGCGGCGCCACGCGUCGCUGGCGCCGGCGCAGCGCGCGCUCCGCCUCACGCUCGAGCCCGCGUCGCGCAAGCUCCGGGCGGCGCGUCUGCACCUCACACUGCACUGCGUGCUGCUGCGGGAGGGCCAGGCCACAGACGAAGACAUGCAGUCGCUCGCGUCGCUGUUGUCGGUGAACAACAACUCCGACAUCGCGGUGCUGGAGGACCUGGACGAAGACGACUACACGCUGUCUGACAACUCCACCAGACAGAUGUUUGAUCUCCGACAGCAAAUGGAAGAGAUGACCCAAAGCUUAACCAACAGCGAUAUUGCGGCUACCCCUAACAGUGUCCAAAGUCUUAACUUCGACAACUCCCGCACCCCCACCGCUCCUAUGACCCCCGAAUCCACUACCCCCACGACCCCUACACCAGCAAAAGAAGUCCAAGAAACAAAUGAAAUAAAAGAGCCGAGCUUAAAAAUAACCGACACAUCCAUCGCUUCGAAAUCUAGACCAGAGUACUUGAGUAAUCUUACAAAACUAGCGAUGAAGAGCGACCUACACAGUAUGUCCAAAUAUACUUCAACUCCAAAAGUUGUUCCAGUAACAACAGAGGAAAAUAAGGUAGAUAAUCUAAAAUGGGGGGUAUUAAAACCUAAGACGAUAGCGAAAAGGAACCUUAAGCCGUUGGAAUUGAAGAGCAAUUUGAACAACAUUAGUCUGGACACGAAUGACAAUGAAAAGGAUAUAGAUAAUGACAAGACGCCUGUAGCAGAUGUGGAGAAAUUCCUGUCUGUUAAGGGAUUGGAUAAGGAUAAAACACCGGUGCAAGACCUGCUGGAGUGGUGUAGCGGCGUGACCCGCGAGUACAGCUACUGCCGCGUCACCAACCUGACCACCAGCUUCCGCAACGGCCUCGCCUUCUGCGCCAUCAUCCACCACUACCGACCCGACCUCAUAGAUUUCUCUGGCCUACAAGCAGACGAAGCGGAAGUGAACGUCCGCACCGCAUUAGAAGCCAGCGCACGACUGGGCAUUGCACAAGUGCUCACAGCCGCCGACGUAUGCAAACCGCCCGUGCCUGAUAAACUUGCGAUAAUGACGUACUUGUUUCAACUGCGGGCGUACUUCACGGGCAACGAACUACAAGUGGAGCAGUUAGGUAACGAUGAGACGGAGUCGUCCUAUAUGGUAGGACGACACGACACCGACGCGUCGAUGCCCGCGGAACUCUUCAGCCGGGAAGUGAGCACGCGGCGCUCCAGGAACAUGGCGGACAGACCGAGGCCGGUGUCGCAGGGCUCGCAGGAGUCGCGCCAGUCGCAGGAGCGCUCGCCCGACGUGCGCGACAUGCUGCUGCAGUCCAAGAGCCUGCUGGGCAAGAUGCUGUCGCCGGCCCGCGAGCGCGCCAAGCCCAGCGCCAAGUGGUUCGCCGAGCCCGCCCGGCCCAACGAGCCUAUUCCCGCUAGACCUGAGAAGCUGAUGACCCGUAAGGAGUUCACGGACCCCUUCGCUUCUGAUGAUGAAGAGGAACCGCCUCCGCCGCCCUCUAGUACAAAUACUAAUACCAACGAUGUUGUAAAUGGUGUGAAACCAGACCAGAAACCAACAAUAGAACCGGCAACCACAGAUCCGUUAACCAUUCAACAACCAGAAAUAGUAACCAAUGGAUCGAUACCAGAGAAACCAAAACCAGCGACACCAGAGCUACCAAAACCAACACCGCAAUUGUUAUCACGUCACGACGAAUUGAAAGAGAAAGCGAGACAGUUGCUGGAAGCCACGAAACGCGAGGCGAAGGAAAAGGAUAAAAAUAAACGCCAGAGUAGUAAAGAAAGUGAUGAGAAAACUGAAAUUUGUAAUGGUGUCAAAAAUGGAGAUGUGGGGAGCCCUAAAAAGCCAAUAACAGAAGAGGAAAGGCAAGCAAUGCUCCGGGAGCGAGCGAGAAAGUUAAUAGCUGAUGCGAGAGCAGGCAUUGUCAGUCCCACAUCACCUCUAUCACCGUCGCGAACACGCGGCACCGUAGAGAUAAUUACCAAGGAGUCUGUUUUGGAGGAACUCGCCGCAGCGGGCGGUAUGGAAAGCUUAGAGGGACUGGUGUCGAGGCCGGAGUCCUUGCCAUCCAGUCCUGGUUCCAGAAAAAGUGCCACUAGUCCUGACAGAUCCGAGCAUGCGAGUGAAGACAGUCGCAGUAUCAGAAGCAAUACCCCGCCAUCUCCGCAACGUCUCACCGCCUUGGCGGACAGACUGUCACCGGAACACUUCAACAUUCUGGAACACGGUCGCGAGACGGGGUCGUACAUCGCCAGUGAGCUGGAAGCGUUGGAGAAGGAGCAAAGCGCAAUAGACGAGAAGGCGGCCGCACUGGAGAAGCAGUUGCGAAGGGUCAUGGACGCGGCCGACAACACCGAGGAGGAAGACCGCCUCAUGUCUCAGUGGUUUAAUCUCGUCAACAAGAAAAACGCCCUACUGAGAAGACAAAUGCAACUGAACAUUCUGGAACAAGAAGAAGAUCUGAGUAGGAGAUGUGAGCUUUUGGAUAGAGAGUUGCGACUCUCUCUUGGCGUGGAGGAAUGGAGGAAGACUCCCGGACAGAAGAGAAGAGAAAGACUGUUGCUGCAGGAACUGCUUGCAGCGGUCAACGAGAGAGAUCGGCUGGUGCAGGAAAUGGACGAGCAGGAAAAAGCGAUAGCGGAAGACGACGAAAUCCAACGCAACCUAUCAAACGUUGAGAUUCAAAGGAAAAACAACUGUAUUCUACAGUGAAUAAGGACUACUUAUCAACGCUUAGUUAAACAUAUAGCUUAAAUUAGUCUAACAAGACAUCGAUUUUACAUACUCGCGAUUCGAUUAACUAUAUAUACGAAUAGUAUUAUAGUACUGAUACAAUUUUGGUGUAACAUUAGCAAUGUAUAGGGUGAAAUUUUGAGUUGGGUCAGUUUAGAAAUCGUAAUAGCCAGACCGUUCCGAGACGCCUGGUAGAUAGGGUUUAACAGACUUACUAUUUUGCAUAGAAAAUAUGCACAAGAGAAUGCUUUAAAGGAAAUAAAAACGUAUAAUCAGAAAAAAAUCUUUAUUUAAAGAGGAAGAUCUAUUUUACGCUAACCAACGGUCUGAUUGCAAUGCAUGAUUCCAAUCAAAAAGUACAAACGUAAUGUAUUAUUCAAUCAAAAAAGCAUUUCCAAAGAUGUCUGAAACUCUCCCCUGGCUCAUCUCAAAAUAUCACCCUGCAAAUGUCCAUUAGGCAUUAAAGUGUAGUUACUUGUUAAAAUUUGCCAUUUCUUCAGACAUUCAUUUAUUUCAAGCAACUACUUCAUUUAUGUUUAUCGUACUGAUUUCUACCGAUGGACGUCGAAUGCUGGACUGGGGCUUUCAAGGGAUUUCCACACUCCAGCCUUCCGUGAUAAGUGUCCAGCGUCUCCCUACGACUCGUUAGAUGUCGCUUGUCCACCUAGUGGGAAGACUACCAACGCAUUUGCCAGUGCCAGUCCAACACCUUCGACCCCAACGUCCAACGGUUCUCCGAUCUUUUUACCUACCCUGCGUCUAGCUUUGCAACUCGCUGAUAUAUAGCUAUGUACCUUAACCCUGGAUCUUCUGGAAUUCUCCUCAUUUUUGAUUUGAUCACUUCGAGAUACUACGCCGUAGCUCUCUUCGCGAUUAAGAGAACUUAUUUAUUUAUUAUUUAUAUACCAUAAAUUGUGAUUGUGAA